CUGGGAAGGCACUGGGACGCACUGGGAGCGUACUGGGCUGUACUGGUCUGAACUGGGCUGUACUCGUCUGAAUCCCACAAAACUCCCACUCUCCGAAGGUCCCUUUAGGCUUCUUUUUCCUCAUCCCGGGGGGUUUCACCCCAAAUCCCACAAAUUCCUGCCCCAUUCCCUCUUCUGUUCCCUCCCACUCUCCUCUCUGGUGACCUUUGGAAAACCAGGAAUCGUUUUACCGCUGGAAUUUCCUCCCUUUUUGGCUCCAAAGGUCCCAGGAGCCUCCGCAGCCUCUGACAGGUUUCAAUCCCGAGGGAUUUUCUGGAGAUCCUGCGGGUGCUGCUGGAAAACCAGGAAUGGGGCCCUGGAUCCGGAUGGUCCCCCUCAUCGCGUUCUCCGGACUCCACCCCACAACGGGGAGCCUCCAUGACCCGCUGCUCGUCCUGGAUGGAUUGGAAGACUCCGGAAUCCGCCUCAAGUGCCUCUCGGAGCGGCUCUUUUCCGAAGUCAAGGUGUUGUGGGUGGAUGGGAAAGGCAGGAAUAUCACUGGGAAUCCCCUGAGCACGGACACAUCCGGGAAUGCCGGGAGCUCCCUUGUCCUCAAAGCGGGAUCUGGGAACGCCGUGUCCUGCAGGAUCGUCGACAGCCUCGGGAAAACGUCCACGGAAUCCUCCGUCGUCAUCACGGAGAGUUUCUUUCCGACCAUCUCCCUCUGGCUCCCGGCUUUUGUGAUGAUCCUGCUCUUUGGGAUAUUCCUGCUCCUGGCAGCUGUUUAUAAACUCCGCAUCAACCAAAAGGCGACGGAUCAGGAAAAAAACGCCCAGAAGCAAAUUCAGGAGGACAUCGAGGAAUUCAAGAUGGAGCUGGAGGAAGUGCAGGAAAAAUUCCAGAAGGAAAACCAGGAGAUGACAACAAAAAUCGGUGAGAAAAUUCCACAGCUUGGGGAAUUUCAGGAAUUUCGGGGUUUUGGGGCUCCGGAAAAAAAAAAACACUUUCGGGGGAAAAUUUGGGCCACUUUGAGGGCUGGGGCUGGUGACACACCUGGGACAGGUGACACAGUCCCGCUGACCCUGGACGAGCUCUGCAAACAUCCCGAGCUCUCCCUCCGGGACCGAUCCCGGGUCCUUUCCUGCUCCGAGCAGCUCCACCCCAAACCCGUGGUCCUGGCCCAGGAAUCCUUUUCCCAAGGGAAGCACUACUGGGAAGUGGAAGUUGGGGACGGCUCCGGCUGGGAGCUGGGGGUGCUGGCUGAGGAAGUCCGGGAUUCCCUGCGGAAGGACGGGAUGGCGCUGCCGCGGGAGCGGGGGCAGGUUCUCAGCCUCGGCUAUUCCCGGGGGGAAUUCAGCAUUCCCGGGGGCUGGAAUUCCGGGCCCUGCCCUGUGCUGGGGGUUUUCCUGGAUCAGGAAUCCCACAGCCUCUCCUUCUUCGACGUGGAAGGGAAGAGUCUCCUGGCGUCGCUUCCCUUGAGGUUUUCCGGGAAUCUCUUCCCGUUUUUCAGCCCCGGCUCCGACGGAAAGGGAUUGGGAAUUCGCUCCGUGGGGGGUUAA